GUGAGAUGGAGCAUAAAGAAGGCAAGAGGGCACAAGAACAAGAGUCUGCGAUGAAGAUUUCAAUGUCGAAGAUGUUGAUGUGCCGCCUCAGGAGCUUUGUGUGCCGACGUUCCUUCUCGGCCACGCCGCUCUCGCUUCCCCUUCCACUUGAUACUGCUACUUGUAGAGCACGGGCCUUAUGGGCCGGCCGUUUCCGCAUGAAGAAGGAAUCGCUGGGCAACCAAUUCAACAUCUUCCUCUUCAAAACAAAAACCCAUGUCGACAGCGUGCAACAGAAAUUUCGCGCCCGUAUGCAGUUGAACGCCCAUGUACUGCUUGCACAGCAGUUCUGCCAGUUCAGCGGUAAGCUGUGCACCAUGUUGGACUCCAUCCGUUCAGAAGACCCAGCUUUCACGCCAUACAUCCAUCCACUCUACGGGGUUGUCGAGAUCCUGAAUUGUUACUAUAGCGACACCUCCGAAGUUGACGAGCAUCUCUGCACCCAAUGGUUUGGAGACCAGCGAUACUCAAAGCUCUUCCAGCAAUGGCAGGACUUGCGAAAAGGCGUCAAACAGAGGGCCCAGAGUCUCGAGGCCUUCCUAUCACCAGACAGGCCACGACUAAUGGCAGAUGAUGGCAAAGUACCUUUGGAGAGUCUGUUAGAAUUGAGCAUCCAAUGCUAUCUGGACUGGGUUCCGAACCGGCAGCCAAAGCAGUAUGACAUCGGUACGGACAUUCCUCACCUGAGUUUUGUCUUCUGCUGUUAACCUAUUGUCUCACCUUGUAGACCGUAUCCAGGAAUGCCUCCCUGAAGCCUUCCCCCGCCUGGGCACAUUGAUCGCGGCCCCUACGGUCAUCUUCCUUUCCUCAACUGCGUAUGGCUUUCAUAUCGGUGGAAAUGCA